CUAUCUUGUAGUUAGUCCAAAGCUUAGUCAAAUAGCUAGUGAGCAAACAAGCAAGAUUAUAAUUUAGACUGCUUCGUAAUUCUGCAGUUUAAUGUAACCUGUACCACGUCAAUGCAUACAGACAAUUGUUCAGCAAACAACAUUUUGAUUGUUGCCUUGGUAAUAACGUCACAAUUCCAGACAUAUACAUGGAGCAUAAGAUUAGAUCCUCACAGAGAGUUUUCAAUCAAUAUUCAAGCGUGGUAUUGGAUUGGGUGUUGCAUCUCUGUAAUUUCUGGAACCCUAACCAAGAUUAAAAUGUAAGACCAAGACCAAGUUUCUAUGGCUUGGUUCGCAUAUACUCUUAACUUGGUUGUAUAAAUGAGUCGGUGUGAAGCCC